GGUGUGUACCCUCUGUACUCUCUCUCUUGAGUGGGGAAAUGCCUGCUUCUAAUAGCUGAGAUGCUGGCCCGUGCAGGUGGGGAGCAGAACAUAUUCUCUUCAAGUUGCUGGACCUUCCGCGACAGUUUCUCCACAGCUGAGACAAGGGGGGAAGAGAGACUUUCUUCAUAUCGCCGGAGCCGGCCAGCUACCUCAUCCACCGUUGGUCCCUCUUCACCUUUCCAUUCCAUUACUGCCAGGGAGUUGGCAUAUGACGAUGGUGCGCUCCGUACAAACUUCCGCCACAUGGGCCUUGUGCAUCGCACCUCAUCAGGGUCUGUGGAGGUCGUGACUAUCUGGGAUGCUGUGUCUGUGUACAUCCUGGGACAGCUGAAGCUGGAGAAGGGUGUCCUGCUCCCAGGACUCGGGACCUUCGCUAUGGUGCAAGAGCGAUUCCAGGGUGAAGAAGAGGUGUUUACGGCUCGAAGACCAGUCUUCCAGCUGAACAUGGAUGUGGCGUUUCUGCAGGAGCUCACAUUCCCCACAGCGGUUAUCCCUGAGGAUGUCGAGAUCAAGCCGCUGAACUACAGGUGGCUAUCGCGAGCCACCUCCUUCCCGCGGCACAUGGUGGAGGACUGCGUGCGAGACACCAUACUCCUCUACUCUUGCCAACUGAGGAACGGGCAGCACCUCUCCUUCACCUUCAAGGACAUUGGCGUUCUCUCCUGCCAAGACGGUGUGCUGUGCAUGCGGUUUUAUUACGACUGCGUCACAGGGCUGGAGAGCAAGGCCAGCCGCAUGGCACUGCUUCGCACUAGGCUGUGGGUGCCAUGUGCAGCGGUCUCCGGUGGAGCAGCCACCGCUCGGGGGAUGCAGGCUGCUCCUGACCGCACGUUCCCGAGCUUUCGGUUCGUUGUGAUCAGCACCGCGGCGGCCGAGGCUCUCGCCAACCGGCACAAGAAGGCUGCAGAAGAGCAGAGGAUCAGAAGAGGCACAGCGGGGCAUCCGGAGAAGCUGCUGCAGAGGCGGGCAAAGUUUUCCCUCCCCGUGCUGCCAAGCCAGAGUCCAGGCAGAAGGCAGCAAGACCUGGGGGAGAAGACUUCUGCCAGUGUGCUCCCCCCGUGUCCAGGCAGCCCCCCCAGGACGAAGGAGGCCAUCAGGCAGGAGCCUGCGCCUGCAGCCAGGCCCACCGCUGCCAUCCCCUCCUCUGAGGGCUUCAGGAGAAUGCUGCAGACCUUCUUGACGAAAAGGAAGGCACUGCACACCCUUCCCGCCUGUUCUUGCCCCCUGGGUCAUCACAAAACACUUGAUUCUGGCCAGAGGCUACGGAAAAUGUGCAAGUCCUUUCGAGGUCGUUGACA